AUGUCCUCACGUGGCUCUGGGGUGGCCCUGGGGCUCAGUUCCCCAUCCAGCUGCAGCACUCCUCUGCCAGUGCAAAGCAAUUCCUUCCCAGCACUGCAUCUCCUCUCACCACGGAGCCGCUCCUUUGCCCUGCUCAGCCAGAAGGAUUUCUUGAAGAGCUUUGAUGGGAGCCUCUGCGACACGAAUGUUGCUUUGGGGAAUGAUCUGUUGGGCUGCCACUACUCCAUGCCUGACCCGCAGCUGGUCCAGAGGAUUGUGUCCCAGGUGGAGUUCUAUCUCUCUGAUGAGAAUCUGGCCAAGGAUGCUUUUCUCCUGAAACAUGUCCAGAAGAACAAGAUGGGUUUCAUCAGCAUCAAACUGCUGACAUCCUUCAAGAAGGUGAAAUACCUGACGCGUGACUGGCGGCUCACGCUCUAUGCCCUGCAGUUCUCGGAGCUGCUGGAGGUGAAUGAGGAGGGCACUAAAGUGAGGCGGCGGGUCCCCAUCCCCGAGUCCCUCCUGAGCGUCCCUCCCAGCAAACUUCUGCUGGCCUGGGAGCUGCUGCCCCAGGAGCAGGACAUGCUGCUACCACUCCAGAAGAAUUUCCUUGAGACCAUCACGCGGAUGUUCACCCCCUUUGGUGCCAUCACCUCCAUACGCAUCCUGCGGCCAGGCCGCAAGCUGCCCUCAGAUGUGCGGAAAUACACGUCGCGCUUCCCUGAGCUGCUGAGCAAGUGCUGUGCUCUGGUGGAGUACGAGAGCCUGGAAAGCGCCCGCAAGGCCUUUGAGGACCUCAGUCGCCAAAGCCACCAGGGUGGCGAGAGCAUCAGGGUGGUCCGGCUCUGUGGGAAGGGCUCCAAGAAGAAACCCGGGGCCAAGAAGGAGGCAGUGGAGGAUCUGGUGGACCAGCUGGGUUGGAAGGCAAAGGCAGCGACCACAACCUUCCCCUCCGACAUCGGGGACUCCCUGCUCUGCAGCUCUCUGAAGAUGGACGGUGCCCUGACGUCGCCAUCCCUCCUGAACAAGGACCCCUUGGCACCCGCCUGGCCCGACAGCGACUUCAAGCCCAGCGAUUUUAGCAACGCCUACACCACCGGAUCGCUUCUCACCAGCAAAGUCUUCCCUCCGCUUGGGUCAGGCUUGGGCACCAGCAGCAGCUACGGCCUCUGCUCCAGCACCGAAAGCCCCCGCGGCUGUGGCUGGGGGAGCGGGGUGGGUGCCUGGGCGCCCUGGUGCAGCAGCUCCUCUCCUGAUGCCAAACUUCCUCCCGAGAAUCCCCUGGAAGUGAAGAGGGUGCCUGAGCCCUUUGGCUGGUGGGACGAGGUGCUUCACCUGCCCCGUAGCCCCGACGGCAACAAGGGCUUCUACAGCAGCACUGGAAGAGGAGAGCUCAUCCUUCGGCACUGA